GUAAGUCGCGAGAUAUAUACGUCACACAUUACGUCAUCGCUUCCGACGCACGUUGCUCGUUAGGUUGUUUAGCUAUUAGCAGUGAAGCUGUGAGAUCUACACCUCUACACAUGGAGAAUGGAUGCAAAGACGUGUUGUUUUCACGUGGAAGUGGACAGAGUGACGAUUCAGAUAUAUGGGAUGACACAGCAUUGAUAAAGGCUUAUGACAAGGCAGUUGCAUCAUUCAAGACUGCCCUCAAGGGUGAAGAAGAAGAUGAGCCGGAAGCUGCAACCUCCAAGAAAAACCAACCAGGAAAAAAACGCAAGAACAACAAAAAGAACCAGAGCAGGAAAAGAGCCAAUGCACCACCGGAUAAAGAGUGGCAGGUUGGGGACUCGUGCAGUGCUUACUGGUCAGAGGACGGCCAGCUCUACGCAGCCACCAUCUCCUUCAUAGAUGAGAAGCGGGGCACUUGUAUAGUUGUUUUUACAGGAUACGGCAACGAGGAGGAGCAGAACCUUGAAGACUUGCUAUCAGAGAUUUCUGAGGGUGAUGAGGAAACAAAUACCAAGGUGAAGGAGACAGAAUCGUCAACAGAGGAGAGCGACAGGUCAACCACGCCAAACCAACACAAACAGCAGCCACACAGUAAACCCCAGAAGUCCAAGGCCCACAGAGAGCCUCCUCCCAUGUGGGCUCCUGGUUUCCCCGGGUUUCCUCCAGGUCCUCCUCCCAUGCAUGCUUUCAGACAGGGGGGAAGCAGACGAUCUGGUGGUCACGGGCCUGUACCUCCUUCCUGGCCUCCCAUGAUGCCUUUUGGUCCACCAAUGAUCCCUCCACCUCCGCCGAUGAGCCCCGACAUGGUGGAUGACGAGGCUUUGAGCAGCGUGCUCAUCUCCUGGUACAUGAGUGGAUAUCACACGGGAUACUACAUGGGGUUGAAACAAGGACGCAAAGAAGCUGCCAAUUGGACGAAGCUGCACCACAAAUGAAAUGAUCAACUCAACAUUUCAUAGUUUCAGUUUCUCAGGAUGUCACCCGGAGCAGCAGCCACCCUCCCUGUUGUGUCUGAUGUGUGUUUUUCUUGUUCCAAUGAAAUGUUAUAUACUUAAGUGUACAUGCUGUGAACACAACGUUCAUCGGAGCUCAAGGAGGAGAGUUUUGUAUUCUUUGUAAAUAGAUUAAAUAAAGGCUAUCAGCACAGUUGAUAACUCGCUCAA